AUGGCUUAUGUCCAAGUAGAAGCGGACGAUUCAAGGCUAGAGGAAGGGCCCGAGGGCUUACAAUUCAAAUCAUUCCUGGGCGCAGAUGCCACAGCGGAGAACCCUCAAAGAAGCGCCGGUGUAGGCAACGCCAACCGAGAUUACCUCGCCGAUUCCCAGAACCGACCAAAAGGCGGCGGCGGAUUCUGGACGGUGGAAUACUACCAGCCAUACUUCGACAUCGACACCAAAACCGUCCUACAGCGAUGCUAUAUGACCAUGAACCCGCUACAGGCGCGGACGUUUAUCCCAACCUUCCUGACUCCAGCCGAUCUGUAUGGCCCUUUCUGGACACUAACGACCCUAAUCCUGGCGUUGUUCCUAUCUUCAAGUCUGGCUGCGUCGAUUUCAGCAUACCUAUCCAGCGAUGAUAAAUAUGACUACGACUUCAAGCUUCUUAGCAUUGCUGUAUCGCUGGUAUACGCGUACGGCCUUGCUUUGCCAGUCUUGCUGUGGUUAGCGCUUCGAUAUCUCGGAGUCGGGGAAUGGAGUGUCGUUGAAGCGAUCUCUGUGUGGGGAUAUGGCCAGUUUGUAUGGAUUCCAGUCAGCAUUCUCUGCGUUAUCCCUGUCCCAAUUGUGCGAUGGGCUCUAGUGGGCAUCGCAUUUGGCCUCUCGGGCUACUUCUUGGCCGCCAACAUCUACCCUAUCCUCGCCUCGGCGGAAGCCAAAGCAACCCGACUCCUCAUCCUCUUACUCGCCGCCAUCCACCUCGGCAUCGCCAUCACUUUCAAAGUUCUCUUCUUUGGGUACUACGUGGUCGACAAGAUUGGAGCUGAUAUUCCAAUACCUGGGGCUGAUCUUCCCAUUGGAGGCGGUAACUCGACCAAGGCGUAG